ACUACGAAGUUCCGGCUCAGGGCGCCUACAUCGAGUUUGUGCGGCUGUAGUGUCGGAGUCAGCUGGAGCUGGUCAGGAUGAUCACGGACGUGCAGCUCGCCAUCUUCGCCCACAUGCUGGGCAUGUCGCUUUUCUUGCUUGUGGUCCUCUAUCACUACGUGGCAGUAAACAACCCCAAGAAGCAGGAAUGAAAGUGGCACUUUCUCCGCCCCAGGGUUCCAGGACAUAGUCUGAGGCAAGAUGGAGGGUGUGAGGGCCUUCACACUUCACUUCAUCUCUCCUACCCAUCACAGCAUACAAAGCAACUACACCUGGAUUUUUCCAAACAACUUUUAUUUCCUCAAAGUCUUCCUUAACCCUAUGGAGCAAGAAGCUGCCGCUGAAUAAGGCCCAGUAUAGGGGCUGCUUUCUUUUCUACUCCCUCCCCCCAAUACAAAUAUAUA